AUCUAAUCCUAAUAAAACUCGUACAAUAUUAGACUGAUUAUUAUGGUACGCCUCUAUAUGAAGGCCUACCAAACUCAGCUAAACAUUACAUGUUGCGUGUCUAUGAAUUUUCACUCUCACUCUUUGUGUUUCAUGCACUCCGAAAAUUUCUUAUAAAUCUUGGAAGGCUGUAAAUUCUAUUUUCUUGGAAUGGCUUCAACUGCUACAGCAGGGCACCAAUGCCCGUCUCCGAUGAAGCCGACGUCGAAUGGAGUAUUUCAGGGUGAUAAUCCCCUGGAUUUUUCACUUCCUCUCAUUAUUUUGCAGAUUUGUCUCGUUUUUGUACUCACACGGGCCCUCGCUUAUCCUUUACGACGACUACUAAGGCAGCCUCGUGUAAUUGCAGAGAUUAUUGGAGGCAUACUGCUGGGACCAUCAGCACUAGGUCGAAACGCAGCGUUUCUGAACAGGAUUUUCCCAAGGAAAAGCUUGACAGUGUUGGAUACAUUAGCAAAUCUUGGACUUCUGUUCUUCCUGUUUCUUGUAGGACUUGAGUUGGACCUAAAAUCCAUUCGUCAAACACGGAAAAAGGCGGUUUGCAUAGCUCUUUCAGGAAUCACCUUACCUUUUGUGAUAGGAAUCGGAGUUUCGUUCGUUCUUCGUCAAACUAUUUCUCCUGAUGUUAAAGCAGCUCCGUUGCUUGUAUUCAUGGGAGUCGCCCUUUCUAUCACGGCUUUCCCUGUCUUGGCGCGUAUUUUGGCAGAACUCAAGCUUCUGACAACCGAUGUAGGUCGAAUGGCAAUGUCUGCAGCCGCAAUUAAUGAUGUAGCCGCCUGGAUUUUGCUUGCUCUCGCCAUUGCCCUCUCUGGAACUGGUCGUUCACCGCUUACAGCUUUAUGGGUACUUCUAGCCGGCUCCGCAUUUAUUAUCUGCUGUGCACUAAUUGUCCCUCGUGUGUUUAAAUGGAUGGCUCAGCGUUGUCCUGAAGGCGAGCCUGUGAAUGAAAUGUAUGUCUGUGCUACAUUAGCUACUGUUUUGGCUGCAGCUUUUUGCACUGAUGCUAUUGGAAUUCAUGCUCUUUUUGGUGCAUUUGUGAUUGGAAUUCUGAUUCCUAAAGAUGGACCAUUUGCUGGUGCUCUUGUUGAAAAAGUUGAGGAUCUUGUCUCCGGUCUUUUUCUUCCAUUGUACUUCGUGUCUAGCGGAUUGAAGACCGACAUAACCACAAUUCAAGGAGCUCAAUCAUGGGGUUUACUAGUUUUAGUCAUUGCUACAGCUUGUAUCGGCAAGAUUCUUGGCACUUUAGUUGUUUCUCUCUUAUGCCGAAUCCCUUUUCGGGAAGCCAUAACUCUUGGUUUUCUGAUGAAUACUAAAGGCUUGGUGGAGCUCAUUGUCCUCAACAUUGGGAAAGAUCGGAAGGUUCUGAACGAUCAAACUUUUGCUAUCUGUGUUCUGAUGGCUAUCUUUACAACCUUUAUCACAACACCUAUAGUUGUAGCAAUCUACAAGCCUGCUAAGCAAGCAAUUAGAGGUCAUAAGCGAAGAACAAUCGAGAGAAAAGACCCUGAUUCUCAGCUUCGAAUUAUGACUUGUUUCCAUAGUCAACAGAACAUACCAACAAUGCUUAACCUCAUCGAGGCAUCACGCGGAACAGAGAAGCGGGAAGGAGUCUGGGUUUAUGCUUUGCACCUUAUGGAGCUUUCAGAGAGGCCAUCCGCAAUCCUUAUGGCACAUAAGGCCAGAAAGAACGGGUUACCCUUUUCGAAUAAAUUGCAACAAUCUGAUACCAAUCAACUAGUAGUUGCUUUCGAGGCUUUCAGACAGCUGAGCCGUGUGAUUAUCCGUCCUAUGACAGCAAUCUCAGCUUUGCAUAACAUACACGAAGACAUUUGUGCUUCUGCUGAAAGAAAAAAGGCUGCAAUGAUCAUCCUCCCGUUCCACAAGCAUCAGCGAAUCGAUGGCAGCUUGGAGACAAUUCGAAACGAAUUCCGUUGUGUUAAUAAAAGAGUCCUUGAUCAUUCUCCGUGUUCUGUCGGGAUAUUAGUUGACCGCGGACUUGGCGGAGGAACACAUGUGUCAGCAAGCAAUGUUUCUUCCGCUAUAACAAUUCUAUUCUUCGGUGGAAAUGAUGACCGUGAAGCCCUUGCUUACGGCGCAAGAAUGGCAGAGCACCCUGGAAUUAGUGUAACUCUUGUUCAUUGCAUUGCUGGCCCUGAGAUCGCAGCGCAGACAGUUACGGUUGAUAUAAAUGACGAUCGUCAAGCUGCGAUUACCUCGGAAACAGCUGAUAAAAUGGUUCUAGUUAGCAUCAGGAAACUCCCGGAGAUAAAAAUUGAAGAAAGGAUAGUUAAUAGUGGUGCAGAAAUCGUGGAAGCAGUUAAGGAAUUCAGCCGGUGCAAUCUUUUCGUUGUCGGUAGAAUGCCGGAUGGUCCUGCAGCCGCGGUUUUGACGGGAAGGGAAGAGUGUCCUGAAUUAGGUCCUGUCGGAAACCUGUUGACAUCUCAUGAUCUUAGCACGUCAGCAUCUGUGUUGGUGGUGCAGCAGUAUAAUAGUGCAAAAUCAAGGCAUGUCAGCUCCACAGAGAUUGCAGAGGUACCUGAAGGUGAUUCUGAAACUGUGUAGAUUGGCCUCUCAGUCCAGUAAAUUCAAUGACUAGUAUUUACUAAAGGCUAUGCUAUAAUUUCCUUUGCUUAACGGCUAUUUACACAAACUGAUAAGGUAAAAUUUUAAAAUUUGUAUCAA